UUUGUUUCACCGCUUUUUCUAUUUUCUUUUUUUUGUUCGUCAGCUUGCAUCUCCUUUCCCUCUUUGCCAAGCAAAAAUAUAUGUCUCUCUCUAAUCUCUGACAAGUAUUUUUUGUUAGUGAUUUGAUUGAAUCCUAAUAAGAUAUCUCUGACUGCUAUCAAUCAUCAUCAAGUUUCUUCAGAUCCAUCAGACGACUCGAUGGCCGGAGUUAGGUCAUCGCUUCUCAAGUCACUUCACAGAUCUUCUCGACGACCUUUCUCCAGACUAGCUCAUUAUCCUCUUCUUCCCCCUGCAAACUCGUUUUCUUCUUCUUCUUUCAGUCUCCUAAACUCUUGUCAUGCCAGGUCCAUUUCCUCCGGAAACACUCUUCUUGAUGGUCUCUCUCACAAACCAAAAGCUUCCCAUCCUUCUUCCUUUGCCUCGAAUUUGCGCCUGCAUCAUAAUGCUAAGCCUUUCAGCUACUCCAUCCCUUUCUUAGGCCAUUCCUCUUAUGCAAGAUCUUUCUCCUCCAAGCCUGACAAUUUCGGAAGCAUCGUUUCCCCUGCUCUUACUGGUGAUGGCGAUGGCAAUGGCGGCACUGACUGGCUUGACAAGGCCAAAGAUGUCUUGCAGACUAGUGUCGAUGCUGUUACCCAAACCGCCAUCAAGACUAAAGAAGCCUCUGAUGAUUUGAUCCCUCAUCUUCACCAAUUCCUAGACUCCAACCCAUGUCUUAAAGAGGUCAUUGUUCCCAUCAGUCUCACUAUGACUGCUACUUUGUUUGCUUGGAUUGUUAUGCCUAGGCUUUUGAAGAGCUUUCACACUUACGCUAUGCAAAGUUCUGCUGCUUUGCUUCCGGGGGGCUUCUCUACCGAAGAUGUUCCUUAUGAGCAAAGCUUUUGGGGAGCUUUGGAGGAUCCUGCCCGUUACUUAGUCACCUUCAUUGCUUUCGCACAGAUUGCCGCGAUGGUGGCGCCAACAACUGUAGCAGCUCAAUACUUUACCCCAACAGUCAAGGGAGCAGUCAUUCUUUCCCUUGUGUGGUUCCUGUAUCGGUGGAAGACCAAUGUGAUUACUCGAAUGUUGUCUGCUAAGAGUUUUGGCGGUCUCGAUAGGGAGAAAGUAUUAACUUUAGACAAAGUAUCAUCAGUUGGUCUUUUUGCAAUCGGUUUAAUGGCUUCUGCUGAAGCCUGUGGGGUAGCUGUUCAAUCUAUAUUGACAGUUGGUGGAGUUGGAGGAGUUGCCACCGCAUUUGCUGCCAGAGAUAUCCUUGGUAAUGUGCUGAGUGGUCUGUCCAUGCAAUUCUCUCGGCCUUUCUCUAUGGGAGAUACAAUCAAAGCUGGGUCUGUAGAAGGUCAAGUUGUUGGGAUGGGACUCACGACAACAUCUUUGUUGAAUGCCGAAAAAUUUCCAGUUUUGGUACCCAAUUCACUGUUUUCGAGUCAGGUGAUUGUGAAUAAGUCACGGGCUAAGUGGCGAGCCAUAGCAUCCAAGAUCCCACUGCAGAUCGAUGACUUGGAUAAGAUUCCUCUAAUAUCAAAUGAAAUCGAGGAAAUGUUGAGGGUAAAUGCAAAAGUUUAUCUAGGGAAAGAAGCUCCCUAUUGUUACUUAUCACGAGUGGAAAAAUCUUUCGCUGAACUUAGCAUUGGGUGCAAUCUCGUUGGCAUGGGAAAAGGGGAGCUAUACACAACACAACAAGAGGUCCUUCUUGAGUCAGUUAAGAUCAUAAAGAAGCACGGUGCAUCGCUGGGUUCCACCUGGGACAAUCCUACAUUUUGAAUGAUAUAUUGGUAGAGAGACGAGGAAUACUGGCCUGGAAGCUAUUUUUUGCAAGAUGAGAUCCAGAAAAUCUGUGUUUUUGGGAAAUUACAUAAUGAUUUUUUUAGUUUUCAAGAGAAAAUGUUUUAUGUUGGCUUUGCUUCUUCUUUUUUUUUUCCUUUAUUGUUCCUUACCUGUUUUUGUUUGCGGUAUCAAUUACGUAGGAAUUAGAGAGUUCCAACAAAUUCUAUGUACAGCAAAAACCCAGUUCAAUAUAUAUGUCAAGCAGGAGAUUUGCUCUUUU